AUGGCGAUAGGAGGCUUCCCCCCGCGCCCCCUCCCCUUCUCCGCUGCAGCCGGCGAGCAGCCGCAACCGGUGCGGCGGCCGCGGAGGCGGCACCGGGGCUCCGGACCGGGCGGGAGGCACGGGGGCGAACUGCGCCCCCUCCCCGGGCAGCAGAUCCCCGGCAUGGCAGCGACGCAGCCCCCGGAGCCGGGUCGGGCCGGCGGAGGCCCUCCCAAUGGCACCUGGUGGCCCAACGCCAGCGCCGGCCACCUCCCGAGGGAGAACUACACCUUCCUGGCGUACUACCAGCACUCCUCCCCCGUGGCCCUCAUGUUCAUCCUGGCCUACACCUUCAUCUUCCUCAUGUGUGUGAUCGGCAACGUGCUGGUGUGCUUCGUGGUGGUGAAGAACCGCCAGAUGCGCACGGUCACCAAYGUGUUCCUCCUCAACCUGGCCAUCAGCGACCUGCUGGUGGGCAUCUUCUGCAUGCCCACCACCUUGGUGGACAACCUCAUCACAGGCUGGCCCUUUGACAACACCAUGUGCAAAAUGAGCGGCCUGGUGCAGGGCAUGUCCGUCUCCGCCUCCGUUUUCACGCUGGUGGCCAUCGCYGUGGAGAGGUUUCGCUGCAUUGUCCACCCCUUCCAGCAGAAGCUGACYCUGAGGAAAGCCCUGCUGACCAUCGCCGUCAUCUGGGUGCUGGCCCUGCUCAUCAUGUGCCCCGCUGCCGUCACCCUGACCGUCACCAGGGAGGAGCACCACUUCAUGGUGGACACCUACAACAACUCCUACCCUCUCUACUCCUGUUGGGAGGCCUGGCCCGAGAUGGGGAUGAGGAGGAUCUACACCACCGUCCUUUUCUCCCACAUCUACGUGGCUCCCCUCGCCCUCAUYGUCGUCAUGUACGCCCGCAUCGCCUUCAAGCUCUUCAAAUCGGUGGCACCCGCCCACGGCGGAGAGGAGUCGGAGGGGAGGAGGAUCUCYCGGAGGAAGGCCAAGGUCAUCAACAUGCUCAUCAUCGUCGCCCUCUUCUUCACCAUCUCCUGGCUGCCCCUCUGGACGCUGAUGCUGCUGACAGACUACGGGCGGCUGAGCGAGGGCCAGCUCCGCCUGCUCUCCAUCUACGUCUACCCCUUCGCCCACUGGCUGGCCUUCUUCAACAGCAGCGCCAACCCCAUCAUCUACGGCUACUUCAACGAGAACUUCCGCCGCGGCUUCCAGGAGGUGUUCAGGGCCCCGCUGUGCUCGCUCCACUGCCACCGCGGGCCCUACAACCCCCAGAGCCGCGGCCACGGGACCCUCCUGGGCUCCCGCAACCGCGUCUUCACCCGGGCGCGAACCAGCGACUCGCCGGCCGUGUCCGAGUCGGGACCGCUGGCCCCGCGCCGCGCCGGCAUCCCUGCAUGGGAUGGCUGAGGAGCCACGACCGCCAAACAACGCCGGAACAAGGGUGAGGAGUGGGGA